UCGGUUCCGAUGGCUUCCAGCAUAAGCAAUUGGUUUGUGCUUUGAAAACAGAAGGAACAGCGAGAGGCAAUCUUUGGCGGGAAAGAGAAAUGGAGGGAGGAGGCGGAGAUGGAGAUUUUAGUCCACGCGCCACCGUAGAAGACAUACAGAGACGGCUGCUCCGACCUUCCUCGCUUCACUCUCCUCUGCCGACGCCGUCAAUCUCGUUUUCUCGUGGCAAGGAUCCUCAAAGCCGAAAUUCGUUGCAAUUAGAAGCGAAAGAAGGAGAAACCGUGAGCAAGAAGAAGAAGAAACUCGAAGAUUACUUGGAUCCGGUUCUUCUCUCUGCCUUUACUUCGAAGAUCGGUCGUGCAAAGAAGGUUCCUAAGAUGACGCCGAAGAAAGAGGUUGAGGAUUUCUUAUGGCCUGUCGACGAAUUGAGGAUGCUGAUGGAGGACUCAGAGGUUGGAAAGGAGAAAAUUGAUACUGUUUAUCUUAAUACUGACUCCGAUAAUCUAGUAGAAAACGAUGAAGACGGAUCGGAUAUUAAAUUCUCUACUCCGUUCCAAAAGUUUGAGCAGACUGCUUUGAUACUUUUCGAAUUAUGAACUGAAAUUGAAAUUGUAACUAACAAAAUGUUCACAUGUAAUGAAUUACAUAGAAAAUAAAGAGUUCAGAGCCCUAGUUCAGUUUAUUUGCAUUUGGUACUCAAUACCAAUGGCCUCUCCAUUUUUUUUAUUCAUCGUGGAAGAUGAAGACGUCGACUCUGUCGUUCGCUGCUGAGAGCUGACCUCAUCAUCCCAAUCUUGAAGGCCCUGGCGAUUUAAUGCGCAAAAUUUGCAAUUCAACAUCUGGAAAUGGA